CUCUCGGGUCCUUCUUUUCUUCCUUCUUGUUUGUCGAGUCCCGAGUUGCAUAUAGCUGAUAUCCAUCAGUCGACUCUUUCGGAUAUCUUCAAUUCGCUCUCGGCAGGUCGAACACCAAGCAUCUCAAACGUCCAGUUUGAAAGACGAUUUGCUACGAGUCGCUACGUCUAUGACAUACCCGGGAAUUUCAGACUGUCACAAUGGGUGCUCCUAGCCAGGUCUACCUGCUGCCUCUGAAAGAUGAUGGCUCGCCAGAUGUACUUGGGGAAUACAUCUAUUUACCCCCGCCGACUGAUCCUCCAUACCUCCUUCGCUUCAUCGUAGAGGGCAGUAGUUCGAUAUGCAGAAAUGGAACUCUCUGGAUCAACGUCCCAGAGGAUGGAGAGCCGUUCAAUCGCUCCAAGUUUCGUGGAUUCAAGCUGAAACCAAAAUUCAACGAAAACAUCCAUAUUAAUGUCUCGAUUACCUGCCCCGGUGCCUUUUCGUUCUAUACAACCUAUUCUCCCCUCCCCAAGUUCUCCGUCUCCCGGGUCCCAGCACCAGAACCGACGCAGACGCCCCUUCAUUAUAUAGACGUCUCACCCAGACUCACCCUGCGUGGGGAAGAUCUCCCCAUAAAUGCACUUUCUAUUUUCUCUGUGAUAUCAAAAUUUAUGGGGAAGUUUCCCACCGAUUGGGAUAGACAUCUCAAUGGCAUCAGUCAGCGCAACUAUAACAUGGUGCACUUCACCCCUUUGAUGCAGCGCGGGGCUUCAAACUCUCCGUACAGUAUUUUCAACCAGUUGGAAUUUGAUUCUGAAUCAUUUCCAAAUGGCGAAAAGGAUAUUGCUAAGAUGGUAUCGAAAAUGGAAAACGAGUACGGACUCCUGUCCCUGACAGACGUCGUUUGGAACCAUACCGCCCACAAUAGCAAAUGGCUUGAAGAGCAUCCCGAGGCAGGCUACAGUGUCGAGACUGCUCCUUGGCUCGAGGCAGCAUUCGUGCUAGAUGAUGAGUUAUUAAAGUUUGGACAGUCACUUGAUACAUUGGGUCUGCCUUCCGACCCCAAAACUUUGGACGAUCUGCUGCGUAUCAUGAAUGCAUUGCGAGAAAAGGUGAUUGAUGGUAUUCGAUUGUGGGAAUUCUACGUUGUCAAUGUCAAGGAGAACUCGAAAAAUAUCCUAGAGGAAUGGAAAGAGGGAAAAGCUGAUGACAUCGAAACCCUUGCUCAAGAUCUCAAAGACAUCAAAAACUUGACUUUGAGCCAAAGGGCCGAUCUCAUUCGAGAUAAAGCAGUCCCAACAUCAAAGCAUAUUUUAGGGAGAUUCGGUCGCUCUGUGGACUGCCAGUUUGGAGCGGCCGUUUUAACUGCUCUGUUUGGUCCUUUCCAUGACUCCUCUUCGGAUCUCUCGUCUGUUGGGGAAGAUCUGAUAAAACUACUCGACGAAGUCAAUUUGCCGUUCUACCGCGAAUAUGAUGCGGAUAUCGCUGAGAUUAUGGAGCAAAUUUUCAAUCGUGUUAAAUAUAUUCGACUAGACGAUCACGGUCCAAAACUGGGACCCAUCACAAAAGAGCAUCCUCUGGUCGAGCCUUACUUCACGCGGCUCCCCUUGAAUGAGACCACCAAAAAGCAUAGUCCUAAAGCCCUUGCACUUGUUAAUAAUGGCUGGAUUUGGAAUGCUGAUGCUCUUCGCGACAAUGCUGGACCGGAUUCUAAGGCAUAUCUGCGUCGUGAAGUGAUUGUCUGGGGUGACUGCGUAAAGCUCCGAUAUGGUUCAUCACCAAAAGAUAAUCCGUUCCUCUGGGAUUUUAUGGCACGGUAUACCCGUCUCAUGGCCAAAUACUUCUCGGGAUUUCGCAUUGACAAUUGCCAUUCAACGCCGCUUGUGGUUGCAGAGUAUCUUCUGGAUGAAGCUCGGAAAGUAAGGCCAAAUCUUACGGUUUUUGCAGAGCUUUUCACAGGCUCCGAGGAGGCAGACUAUGUAUUUGUCAAACGGCUUGGUCUAAGUGCUCUCAUUCGCGAAGCGAUGCAAGCAUGGAGUGCAGGAGAACUAAGCCGACUUGUUCAUCGUCACGGAGGUCGGGCCAUUGGUAGUUUUGACCUCGACUUACCAUCAGCAGUGAUCAGUCACGCCAUAGCUUCAGCACACGACCAGAGCGUCAAUGAGAAUAUUUCCCAUAUUCGCCCGAGUCCUGUACAGGCGCUUUUCAUGGAUUGUACCCAUGAUAAUGAGGUCCCCGCGCAGAAACGUGAUGCAAGAGACACACUACCCAAUGCUGCGUUGGUCUCAAUGUGCGCCUCCGCCAUAGGGAGUGUGAUGGGCUAUGACGAAAUUUAUCCAAAGUUGAUAAAUCUCGUUACAGAGACGCGGCUUUACUCAUCUAAGUACUCUGAAACGACGAAUCUUCAAACGGGAGCAGGCGAUGGAGGCAUAGGAGGCGUUAAGAAACUGCUUAACCUUCUCCAUACCAAAAUGGGAGCUGAAGGCUACGACGAAGCCCACAUUCACCACGACGGUGAGUUCAUCACAGUUCACAGAGUCCAUCCAAAAACAAGAAAUGGCGUCUUUUUGAUAGCACGCAGCUCUUUUCCAGGGUACGGCUCUGGUAGUCCCCUGCCUCCGACAUACUUGACGGGUACUCGAGCAAAACAUAUCGGAACAUGGGCCCUAGAGGUAGACGCGAGUGAAGACGUCAAAGGUGAGGUUUUGGCAGAUAAGAAAUAUCUUCGAGGGCUACCCAGUUGUGUCCGUAGCUUUGAAGGGGCCAAAAUAGAAGAGCAUGAAAGCGACACAUCUAUAUCUGUUUUCGAUACCUUUGUCCCAGGAUCCAUCGCACUUUUUGAGACUUGGAUUCCUGCUGCCGAACACUCAGCGGGGCUAGAUCACUAUAUCACCCAGGGCGCAGAGGAGGCAUUUUCGGAGCUCAGUCUGGUCGACCUGAACUUUGUCCUUUAUCGAUCUGAUCCGGAGGAGCGAGACUCAAGCAACGGGGAAGAUGGGGUGUUCAUCAUACCUAACUAUGGCCCGUUGGUUUAUGCCGGUCUUCAAGGAUGGUGGAGCGUCCUCGAAGAUAUAGUCAAAUACAACGAAUUGGGGCACCCAUUAUGUGAUCACCUCAGGCAUGGGCAGUGGGCCCUCGAUUAUAUUGUGGCGCGAAUGGAAAAGGUCGCGAAGAGGGAAGGUUAUCUUGCCCUAGAGAAGCCCGCAGUAUGGUUCCGUGACAAAUUUCAGGCAGUUCGUGGCCUACCUAGCUUUCUUCUGCCAAGAUACUUUGCCAUCAUUGUCCAGACAGGCUACUACGCUGCUUGUAUGCGUGGUAUACACCUCUUUGGAGUUAGUGUUCGGUAUGGCCAGGGGUUUGUUCAUCAAUUGGCUAUGGUCAGUGUACAGCAGACUGGGUAUGUCAACUCAGCCUCUCUAUGGCCAUCGAAGAUUGUCCCAAGCCUAGCUGCAGGCCUGCCACACUUUGCUACUAACUGGGCAAGGUGCUGGGGUCGAGACGUAUUUAUCUCAUUGCGAGGGCUUUUCCUAUGUACUCAUCGGUUCGAUGAUGCCAGGGAGCAUAUUCUCGCAUUUGCUAGCGUCCUCAAGCAUGGAAUGAUCCCCAAUCUGCUAAGCAGCGGGAAGGCACCGCGAUACAACUCUAGAGAUUCUGUGUGGUUCCUGCUUCAGGCUAUCCAGGACUAUACAAAAAUGGCACCUAAUGGAAUCGAACUUCUGAAAGCCAAGGUACCUAGACGAUUUUUGCCAUAUGAUGACACCUGGUUUCCAUUUGAUGACCCACGAGCUUAUUCCCAAUCGUCAACCGUUUCAGAAAUCAUCCAGGAAGUCUUCCAACGACAUGCCUGGGGUCUGUCAUUUAGGGAGUAUAAUGCGGGGCCCGAUCUUGAUACGCAAAUGAAACCAGAGGGUUUCCAGAUUGACAUCCGUGUUGAUUGGGAAACUGGAAUCAUCUUUGGUGGAAGCCAGUUCAACUGUGGAACCUGGCAAGAUAAAAUGGGAGAGAGCGAGAAGGCUGGAAACAAGGGCGUACCGGGAACGCCGCGAGAUGGGGCGUCCAUCGAAAUCACAGGGCUUGUAUUCAGUGCCUUGAAUUGGGUUACGCAGCUACACGAAGACGGACUCUAUUCCUACGAGGGUGUCUCCUUGGAUGAGGAGAAUUCCAUCACCUUCAAGGAGUGGGCGGUCAAGUUAAAGUCUAACUUUGAACGCUGUUAUUACGUUCCUAUCAACCCUGACGAGGACAGUGAAUAUGAAAUCGAUCGAAGCGUGGUCAAUCGGCGUGGAAUUUACAAAGAUCUCUAUCGAUCUGGAAAACCGUUUGAGGACUAUCAGCUUCGCGCCAACUUUCCAAUCGCCAUGACUGUCUCUCCAGAUCUUUUUGACCCUUCCAAAGCCCUUCUUGCACUUUCAAUUGCGGACUCGGUGCUCGUUGGGCCUGUUGGCAUGGCUACUUUGGACCCAUCUGACCUCAACUACCGCCCUUACUACAAUAACUCGGAGGACUCAAUCAAUUUUGCAACUGCAAAAGGAAGAAACUAUCACCAGGGUCCUGAAUGGGUGUGGCUACGCGGUUAUUUCCUUCGCGCGUUCUUAUACUUUGAUCUUCUCCGCAGGAACACACCCGCCGAGCGGACUGAGACUUUCCAGCAAGUUACCCGACGAUUAGAAGGAUGCAAACAGGCUCUGCAAAAUAGCCCAUGGAAGGGACUUACGGAGUUGACAAAUGAGAAAGGUGCAUUUUGCGCAGACUCGUCUCCAACGCAAGCGUGGUCUGCUGGAUGUUUGCUUGAUCUCUACUAUGAUGCCUCGAAGCUUUCCGUGGAGGAGGGAUUGGAUGAUGACAAUUGACAGAACAGAUAAUCUCUUUCUGGUAUGGAAGAUGUUUUUGGUUCACAAAUAUAUAUAUGCACUUUGUUAUUUUAUCACCAUAAAGUGCAGUGGUAUAAUAUGUAGUUGGUAUAGUUCACUUGGGAAAAGAAACCUCCUGUGGGAAUAUCAGCAAAUUUGAAGUUGAAGUUGGCUG